GGGAAGAUGCUGCAGUCUCUGGCCGGCAGCUCGUGCGUGCGCCUGGUGGAGCGGCACCGCUCGGCCUGGUGCUUCGGCCUGCUGGUGCUCGGUUACCUGCUGUACCUGGUGUUCGGCGCCGUGGUUUUCUCCUCGGUGGAGCUGCCCUACGAGGACCUGCUGCGCCAGGAGCUGCGCCGGCUGAAGCGGCGAUUCCUGGAGGAGCACCAGUGCCUGGCCGAGCCGCAGCUCGAGCGCUUCCUGGGCCGUGUGCUGGAGGCCAGCAAUUACGGCGUGUCCGUGCUGGGCAACGCCUCGGGCAGCUGGAACUGGGACUUCACCUCCGCGCUCUUCUUCGCCAGCACCGUGCUCUCCACCACGGGGUAUGGCCACACCGUGCCCUUGUCAGACGGAGGCAAGGCCUUCUGCAUCAUCUACUCGGUCAUCGGCAUUCCCUUCACCCUCCUCUUCCUGACGGCCGUGGUCCAGCGUGUGACCGUCCACGUCACCCGCAGACCCGUCCUCUACUUCCACAUCCGCUGGGGCUUCUCCAAGCAGCUGGUGGCCAUCGUCCAUGCCGUACUGCUGGGCUUCGUCACCGUGUCCUGCUUCUUCUUCAUCCCGGCCGCGGUGUUCUCCGUCCUAGAGGAAGACUGGAACUUCCUCGAAUCCUUCUAUUUCUGCUUCAUUUCCCUGAGCACCAUCGGCCUGGGUGACUAUGUGCCGGGGGAAGGUUACAACCAGAAGUUCAGGGAGCUGUACAAGAUCGGGAUCACGUGCUACCUGCUACUGGGCCUUAUUGCCAUGCUAGUGGUUCUGGAGACCUUCUGUGAGCUCCACGAGCUGAAGAAGUUCAGGAAAAUGUUCUAUGUGAAGAAGGACAAGGAUGAGGACCAGGUGCACAUCGUGGAGCACGACCAGCUAUCCUUCUCCUCCAUCGCUGACCAGGCGGCCGGCCUGAAGGAGGACCAGAAGCAGAAUGAGCCUUUCGUGGCGACCUCCUCCCCUGCAGAUGCCGAUGGCUCUGUGAACCACUGAGGGACGGGGUAUGCUAGGGGCGGGGUGUGGGGAGCCUCACUGCUCCAUCCCGGGCACUGGGACCUGAGGAGGAGCCUCUGUCUCAUCCAUUUCCAUGAGAAUACAAAAGCCAAGACGAUGCUGUCCUAAGAAAUACUUGCUGUUGGCAAUAUUUAGAAAGUAGAGCAGAGGAGAUGUUGAGUCUGAAGUGUGUCAGUCCCUGGGGGGAUGGAUGUGUUCUCUUAAUUCACACGUGGCAAAAUAAUCUCUGCUUCACUAAUAGCAGGUGAGUACUUGAAGCAAUAUCUGCGGUGAAGACAGCAGAUUUUAUACUUUUCAUUGGGGAUGCUGGUAUUUGCAUAGGAAUCAUUUAGCUGGUGGCUAAGCAGCAGCAUUUAUAUUUAAAAGCAAAAAAGACACAUAGACGUGUUUUAUAAAUAGGUUUUAAGUGUCCUGAUUUGCAUGUGCCUAACGAAAAUGAUUAUUUUUGUAGAAUCUAAGUUCCACCUACUAUUUAUAACAAAUAGGUUACCACUAACUAUGUACAUAGAACAUAUAAAUAUGUUUAUAACCUGUACAUCUGGUUUAGCUCAGCAGGCCUUCUUGUCUCUCUUAAUCCAGGAGUAUAGUUUUUCUUUUGAUCUCUCUUUCUAUUGAAGAAUCCGGGAUUUCUAUGGUAAGGGGAAUGAUAAACUUGAGAGUGAAUAGCCAUUUGUGUUCUACUACAAUGAAUGCUUCUAACCUCUGGCAGAUAGGGUAAUAGCAGAUGCCCAAAAUAUAUAUUUUAUAUAUAUAUAAUAUAUUAUGUAUUAUUUUGAAGGAGAGAAGCGAUAAACAGGAUUUGUGGGAAGGCAAAGAUGUUUGUUAUAACUUAUAGCCGCCUAUACUAAAGCACAGAACUUGGACACCGGUGUGCCAAGUGAACAGGUUUCUGUAUAUCACUCUGAGCAUCCUCAGUUUAGAAGCUGAAAUAAAUUUAAACCAUG